GACCUGAGAUAACUGGAGACGGAGGCGCCCGAGUCCUAAACGCGGAGACAAGCAUUGGAAGCAACUACUCUGUGGAGGAAGAGGGGUGCGUCAGUUAAGGCUUAAUAGUACGUCUUAUGUGGGCGAAACCAGUUAGCCCUUCUGAAAAGCUAGACAGCCUGGGCCAGUCUAGCUGGCAGGGCCAAGUUCCUGUUCCAGGCGUGGCUGCUGGCAGCAGGCAAGACUGCAGUAGUAGUCAGGCAGCUGAAAAAGCGGUUUCCCUAGUGCCGGAAGAAGGCGUGGUGCAGCCUCUGCAAAGAAGAGCAAAAUGUUAUCCCGCAGAAAAGAGAGGGGGAGACUCAUUGGAACUGGCACAACAAUGGUUUUCAUUUAGCAAGACCUGUCCUGUCCUGACUAGGACACUGACUUCCUCUGUCAGUGGCUCCCAGGCUUCUCAACAUAUGGAGGAAGGGCAUGUUCCCAUUCAUGUGAAUAAUGUGCGAAGUAGAUUGAGGGAGAUAGUGGGAGCAUCUACCAAUUGGAGAGACCAUGUGCAAGCAAUGAAUGAAAGAAAAGCCUUACAUACACUCCUCGCUAAAAGCCAAGCAGACCUGCCCUCUAGAAAAAUGAGAGACAGCUAUAUAGAAGUUAUCCUGCCUUUGGGAAGUCAGCCUGAAAUAAGAGAAAAAUAUCUGAAUGUGCACAACUCUGUCAGGUUUGGCCGAAUUCUUGAAGAUCUUGAUAGCUUAGGAGUUCUCAUUUGUUAUACACACACAAAACAUGAAGCUGCUCAGAAGUCUCCUUUAUCAAUCGUCACAGCGCUGGUCGACAAAAUUGGAUUAUGGAAACAGGAUAUUCGUCCAGAUUCUGAUAUUAAGUUUGUUGGGAAUGUUUCAUGGGUAGGAAAGACAUCAAUGGAAGUGAAAAUGCACAUGCUUCAGUUUCAUGAAGGUGUCUAUUGCCCUGUAUUGGAUGCAACCUUUGUCAUGGUGGCCCGUGAUCCAGAAAACAAAAGGCCAGCAUUUGUGAAUCCAUUGCUUCUUGAAAGUCCAGAGGAGGAAAAAAUAUUUAAGGAAGGAGAAAUGAACAAGACCAGAAGAAUUGAUUCCAGUAAGGCUUCCUUGUUAAAAAUGGCUCCUACUGCAGAGGAAAGAAACAUUGUACAUGACAUAUUUCUUGAUACUUUGGACACAAGGACAAUGAGUUUUCGGAGUCGUGUGUUACCACCCAACUCAGUGUGGAUGCAAGAUGCAGCAUUAAAGGGUUUGGAAAUCUGCCAUCCUCAGGAACGCAACAUUUUCAACAGAAUCUUUGGGGGAUUUCUCAUGAGGAAGGCAUAUGAACUUGGAUGGGUUUGUGCCUACAGCUAUGGAAACUCUCGGCCUUAUGUGGUAGCUGUAGAUGACAUCAUGUUUCAAAAACCAGUUGAAAUUGGAUCCUUGUUGCUACUUUCUUCCCAGGUAUGUUAUACUGAAAAAAAUAACAUCCAGGUUCGAGUGCACAGUGAGGUUUAUGAUCCAGAUACCAGAGUGCACCAUACAACCAAUGUCUUCCACUUCACAUUUAUGUUAGAAAAGGAGAUACCAAAUAUUGUCCCCAAGACAUAUGGAGAAUCCAUGUUGUAUUUGGACGGGAAGCGGCAUUUUGAUUCAGCUAUGAAAGAUAACACAGCGCCAUAGCAAAGUGCCAAAUUUGGAAGGAGACUGUCUUGGAAGCUUCAGGCACAUUGCUUCUCUGAGGGAGGUGGGGCAGCAUUUCUGCCCUUGAAAACAGUAUGAUUGUGAAUGCAGAAAUACUCUAAAGCACUUAAGUUUUCUAUCCAAAUAUUGUUUAUUGCUAUUUAUACGUAGUUUUUAUCUGAACAGGGUGGUUUACGACAGAUGCUAUUGGAGGUCGCUGAUUCAUAGGGUCGCCAUAAGUCAUGAUGGAGUUGAAGGCACAUGACAACAACAAAAAAUGAAAAAUAAUUAAUGCAGUAUAAUAACCAUCAAUGGCCAUUGGCAUAGUGAACAAAGCUAGUUCUCAAAGGCUGGGCGUGAGGGAAAAGCAAUAUGGAAUCCUGCUUCUGAGUAUCUUUUGUAUUCUUUGUUACUCAGAGAUGGUGAUCAAUAUUUUAAACUCCUGUGCUUGCCCUUAAAUGUUUACUACCACUGCCUUCCAGAUGAUAAAACCAGCUAAAGCUCAUGCACACCAAUUGAAAAGGAUUAAUCAGUUGCAUGGUGUGGAGACCACCUAAAGGCCCAUGAAGACCUUUACCCUGCCUAUGCAGGCAAAUAUAGCAUCCCAGUCACGGACUAGCCAGAAUGAUGGAAAGCAAGAUAAAAGUUCUUCCAGGGGAAAGGCUCUGGUGAACCUAAUGCUUGUACUUAGCUUAUGGUAGAACCUUGCAUACGUAGCUGGAUGCUCUCCAGGAGAAAUCAUAAACUGUGCAGGUCUGAUGAUGAGGGCAGAUUUCCCAAUAAACGGCAGUCAGUGUUAUCACAGGGUACUUCUUGAAUUUCCCUGAAUAAAGCAAGAAUGUCUUUUCAAUUCACCCUUUGAUACGCUCCUACCAGAUAUGGAAAGGUUUUACUGAAUAAUAUACUAUAUAUAUACAUCCCUUGAAUGAAAUGAAAUAAUCCUGGUCUUGUAAAUUCUGGCAGCUACAAUAAUAUCUUCUAAGUUGGUUCAUAUCCUGUUUGAUAGAACUAUGCUCACAUAGAUAAUGAUAUGGCUAAGACGAUGUUCCAAAUGGUGUCUUCAAACUGUGUUUCUAUAAAGCCUGAGAUUUCUUUUUAAGUUUUAUCUGGGUUUUCAGUAAGAAAAUGAGUAAUAGCAGAUAAGUUUAUCCAAAGAAGAGCUUGUCCCACCACUCCUGAUCUUCCUUGCAAUGUGAAGUUGCAGGCAAGUAUUGAUUUGUAUUCUAGGGUCAGUUCAUGCAAGGCAACAGUGAGACCCAACAAGGAGGAGUUACCCCUUAAGAGACCACACGCUUUGCCUGUAUAAGGGUCCAGUUCAAUCUUCUCAGGUGUUGGCAAAAACCUCUGCUGAGACUCCAAAAAGUGUGUUAGGCCCAUUUGGUCCAUGACAGGUAAAUCAAUACAUCAGUGAUUCCCUGAAGGCGGAUACUGAUUUAGAAUAACAGAUGCCAGUGUGAUAGCUCAGUCACCUUUCCUUAUAUAUAGUGGGAAAGUGCUUCAGAUGUUUGUGAAGAGGAAAUGACAACUUGUCCCACCAACCAACUUGGAUUACUAAUAUUUAAGUUGAUUUUUUUAACAACCAUUUAAGUUAACUUGUCGUUCUCACACUUUUCUAAUAGCUAAUACAUUUAAACUGAGUCCUAGGUUCCUGUUGUCAACUAAAAUGAGAUGGAAAGCAGUUUAGCUGUUAACAGGUUAACCUGGCUUGUAUUGUAGCAGCUGAAACAUAGGCCAGGGAGGGAGGAUCAAGCAUGGGGCAGUGUCCUUCAGCUUUUCAUCUGAACAGCACUGGAUCAGCAGUUGAGGGACGCUCUGCUCUUAUUGUCCACAGGAUGCACCACCAUGUACCAUCAGUGCUCCUGCAUCUUUCCACCUCCUGAACCCCCAACCCCAACCCCGUCAUCUUACACUGUGCUUUCAUAUGUUCAUGGGAAGGAAAAGGCUGCUAUACACUUAUAAAGUGAAGUCCAUGUGCAGAAAGGGAUUGAUGGUGCUUUAUGUGGCUGCAUCUGUAAGGUGCUAUCCAGUACAUCGAUUUUUAUCAUAAAAGUUUGAAGCUUAUUCAUUCUCUUUACAGUGGUAGGGCAGUAGAUGUGUGUGUGAGCUGAUUAAGGCUGAUCAAAUAAGACAGGUAAUGUUUUAUUCUGUUUCUGUUAUGAGUUCCCUUGAGUAACUGCAGAAUCAUACAUUCAUAUCUAAAUAAUAAACAAGUCCUGUGACCUGACAAGAAGGCUACAGUAAUCUCUCUCUGAAUCAAUGCUACUGAUCACCCAGGGGCUUCAUAACCUCAAGAUUUGGAGUGGGUUACAGAUGGCAGAUUUAAAUAAAUUUUCUCUUAUUUGCUGUGAUCUUCUGGGUACAAUUCAAGACGGUGGUUUUGAUCUAUAAAGGUCUAAUUUGGGACCUACUUAACUCAGAUACCAUAUUCUCCCUUGUUCAACGUUUUGCUUUUUAAAAUAAGUGGAAAAUUCUCUCUUGAUUGCACUACUUGUUCAUUAUAAAUCUGUGCCACAAGGGAACAAAGUGAGGGCACCUACCACAACUGUGGAACUAAUAUCUUUGAGAUUCAGUGGGGUAAAUAUGACUGUUUUCUGGAAUCUGUCCAAGAUUUUUAUUUUGUAUAAUUUAAUAUUCGUGUGAGAUGACCCAUACCUAUCUCCAGUUGGCUUGAGCUCAAAGCCAGGAAAUUGGAAGCUAAGGUGGAUUUCUUAAUAGACACACAUCAUCGUUACUGAUCAUGAGGUAUAAUGUUACAGAUUGUGCUUACCUCCAUGAAUCCACACUUUUCUUUGAUCUUUCAGGCCCAAAUCCAGAUGAGGACAAAGUGCCCAAACUAGCAAGAUACCUCACAUUUUACUGAUCUUGGUCUGGAUCCCAGAUCUCUUGCAGCAUGUCUGCUGAUGGAAAUCUCAAUAUGGCAGUGAAUGAUUUUUCUUUCAUUCUUCAUAUUGCAGUUCCAAAUCCAAAGUAAUGAACAUCGAUGACGUUCAGUCUUUCUUUAAUUGUACACAAAAAAUGCUCUUUGACAAGUCCGUGUAAGGAUGGCGAAUGGUACCAAAGAGGGCCGGUCCUAUUGUUUAACCCAUCCUUCCAGCUGCUGAUGUAAGCAACCAAUAGGCAUGGGUCAACUUGACAAUAACUCCUCUAGCAAUACAGUAAGGCUCAAAUGCUUCAUAAGAUAAUAUAGGGCUGUGAGGGGCAUCUUUGCUGCAAGCAGAAUUUGGUAUGUUGCACCACAUUGCUAUUGAUCAUGGUGCACAUUUGUUAAAGCAUCAGCCUUAGUUUUCAAUUACCAGGCUUUGUGGAGCUUGAUCCAACAGGAGAUGGCCUUAAGUCUGUCUUAGACUGAUAGGGUUUUUGAUCAUUGAAUAUAUCUAUGGCUUUUUAAUAGGAAGUAGUAUUAAAAUAAAGAGAUUGUUAAAAA